GUUAUUUAUUCUAAGGCUUUGUGGAUCCGUAAUUCAGUGUACAAUAUAAAGAUAUAAUUAUUGUAAAACAAUAUAGUGAUAAGUAAUAUUAAUUCUGGGGCCCCUAUUAAUUUUUAACAAAAGUGUAAUCAAUAUCUAAUGUUUUUGAUGAAGUAAUCGAAGAAAAUUAUUGGACCAUUUUGACAGUGGGUGCUUUGACUAAACAUCAGUCAGAUUCAGGAACAUUCAGUUUAAUGGAUUUUGAGUAUAGCAAAGAAAAUAUUCUACCUCUUCUAAGAGGAAGGAACGUUCAUCAACUUAAUAUGGCACUACAAGCUCAGACUAACAGAGAUUGCCAACAAGAACUGCUACAGCAAAAAGAGCAAUGGGAAGAACUAAUCCGAACGUACACUGGAGAGGAUCCACUAGAGAAUUAUUACAAAUACAUUUCCUGGAUAGAACAGACAUACCCAAAACAUGGGCACGAAGGCAAUUUGGUGCCAUUGCUGGAACAUUGUCUCACCAAGUUUGAAACUGAUCGGCAAUAUGCAAAUGACAGACGUUUCUGUAAACUUUGGAUUAAAUAUUUUGAUUUGCAACCAAAACCGUUGGAAUUCUAUCACAUGAUGAAAGCUAAGGGACUUUGUACAGGAUGUGCUGAUUUUUAUAAAGCCUGGGCUUAUUAUCAUGAAGCUGCCGGAGAUUUUAUAGCCGCAAACAAAGUGUUUGAAGAAGGAAAACGAAAUUUAGCACAACCAUUUGAUGAACUCGAAAAUGCACAUCAAAAUCUAGUAAUAGCAGCUGGUCAACACUUGCUGUUUGGUCCUAACGAAAACCAUCUAAUAGAAAAGAGACAAGCACUUACUUCACUUCAUACAUACCGAUCUGGACGAGUGUCCAGCGUUCGAGUACCCAGCAGUAAUAGCGUGGUAACAGUUCCAUCAAACAGUUCAUCAUCGUCUAGAUCAAAUAUGGUAGUUCACAUCCACGAAGACCCUUCGGGAGAUGGGGCAGCCGCAUUACCCGAAGCUCCACCAAUAAGCAUAAUUGCGGCGGUGAAAAGACAAGAGAUCCCAAAGGAAAAUACGCUUAAGGCGGGCCCUUGGACAAACAUGGUUCCCGUCAAGAAAAGAGUUAUUGGCGGUUGUGACGGAAGUAUAGCAGCAGGGUUUACAGUACAUGAAGAUGUUAUGGAGGUUUCUAAGGGUAUACGUCUCCCUAAAAAUUAUCCUCAAACCUGCCAAGAAGACUAUUCGGAAUGGGUUAUUAGUAUUUGUUACCCUGAACCGCCGAAUCCAUCAUGUAUUCCUAUGUAUCCAAAGCAUCGUGUUUAUGGAGAACCGAAUACAGAGUACAGUAUUGAAGAGUUGCGAUCAUCUAGAUAUGUUGUAAAGCCUAGAAUUUCUGAACUCAUAGAUGACGAAGUUGAGUUUAUUGAGGAAAUUUUACCAGAACGAAUAGAUGCACAUGAAAUUGAUAUACCUCAACAACCCAUGCACGACCAGCACAUGUUACUGCAGCCACAAGUUCAUAAUAUAUCACAAAAUCAUCCUCAAGUCAACAAUUCUCCUGCCUCAGUUCUAAGAAAUUCGUUUUCAACAGACAGAUCAACCUCACAUGUAAGAAAUUUAAAUCCUUCGUUAGGAGGUAAUCACUCUUCUAUGAAUAGAAUGCAGUCCCCUAUGGGAAACAUACAAUCUCCUAUGGGAAACAUACAAUCCCCUAUGGGAAACAUACAAUCCCCUAUGGGAAACAUACAAUCCCCUAUGGGAAACAUACAAUCUUCUAUGGGAAACAUGCAAUCCCCUAUGGGAAACGUACACUCUCCUAUGGGAAACAUACACUCCCCUAUGGGAAAUGUACAAUCUUCUAUGGGACGAUUACAGUCAACUAUGGGAAACACUCAAUCGCCCAUAGGCAACGUUCAUGUUCAGUCACCAAUUGGCAGUAUGCAAUCACCAAUGGGAAACGUACAGUCGCAUAUGGGAAACUUACAAUCACCCGCUGGAAGUGUAGAAUCACCAGCGGGAGCUAGUCCCUUUCUAGUAUGGCCAACUACUAAUUUAGAUUUGUGGCAGUCUCAGCAAAACACUGCUGUUGCUCCAUUUGGAAUAUUUGAACAAUCUUUGGAAGAAAAUCAACUAAGAGGAAGCGCGAUGAAAACCGCCUUAAAAGAUUUAAAUGCAGACGAACUAGCGGAAACUGGAUCGCGAGGUGGUAUGGACGUGGCUGUAACAGCUCAAGCUACUGACAGCGCCAAACGUAUUCCUGCAUUUAGUGAUAAUAGUUCAUCUUCGGCGGAAGAUGUUUACAUUCGAGAUGUACAAGGAGAAGAUGAUUUCGUAAAUACAGAGGUUUUUAGUUUUAAUCUCACUGCGAUGAAAGUUAGUACACCUCAAAAGCGAGAUCGCGUCCUUAGCACUAUUUUAGAAGAAUCCAAAGGAUCUUCUUCAAAUUCAAGUUCAAACAUAAAAUCCUCACACUUCACCAAUACAAAUAAAACUGGUAUGAUCUCAGAAGAACACAAUAGCUACUUAGCCCAGAAUCUAAUGGCUAACGCUGCACUUCGGUCCAGUUUAUUAGCUAAUUUAAUGGAUAUGCCAGCGCCUACUCAGCCGGUGCCCAUUCACAAUGAUGUAGAAAGUGAACCGAUAGAUCAAAUGAUGCAGAGCAGUCCCAUCGAGGAAAGUCCAAUCAGAACUAUACCGGCGCCGGCCAAUGUGGCUCCUUUAGAGUUUAUCCCGUCAGAUCCAUUCAAAAGCAGUUUGAUCAAUCAAUUAUUAGAAAAGGUAGCUUUUCCAGGUCCGCAUACAUAUGGGUAUAAACUGGUGCAGGCUAUUCCCAGACUUUGUGUCAAAAAGGAGGCUGUUUUUAUAGGUCGAGAAAGGUAUGUUUUAGAAAAACAAUUAGGAAAAGGUACAUUUGGCACCGUGUAUAAAGCAAUCGAUUUGGGAACGAGCUCUCCUGUAGCCAUGAAGUAUCAGAAACCUGCAAAUAAGUGGGAAUAUUAUAUUUGUAGAGAAUUACAAUCUAGAUUAGCAAACCAUCCCCUUCGAGACAGAUUUAUGGAUAUUCCUCUGGCAUAUUUUGGUGACCAGGCGUCCCUCAUAAUAUCGGAGUAUAUACCAGGCGGCUCCCUUCUAGAUUUGGCAAACAUGUACAAACAAAAAUCUGCCAAACCAAUGAAAGAAUGUUUAGUUAUUUAUUUAUGUAUACAAAUGUUGCAGAUUAUUCAGGCUAUGCAUCAAGUGCAAAUUAUACACGCUGAUAUAAAACCCGAUAAUUUUUUAGUUUUCGUAACGAUCGAUAAUACUGUAGGAUUACAACUUAUAGAUUUUGGAUGUAGUAUUGAUAUGUCCUUAUUUCCGCCUAAUGCCACUUUUAAAAGACCAGUGACUACAGAAGAUUUCGUGUGUUGUGAAAUGCUAGAUGGACGGCCGUGGAACUACCAUACAGAUUUGUUUUGUGUCGCAGCCACAGCACAUGUUCUACUCUUUGAUACUUAUAUUAAGUUGCAGAAGAGGGAUAAUAUCUGGUCAAUUCAACAUAGGUUUCCACGAUAUUUAAAAGUUGACUUGUGGAAUAUGUUUUUUAGCAGUUUACUUAAUCAACAGACUGGACCGGCAGACGCCGCGUCUCUUAUUUUAAUGUUGGAGGAGACCCUCGAAACUCUUAACAAAGAUACAAGUUCGGCAUUACCAAGCCAGAUGAGGUAUAUUGUUAAUUUACUUAAAAAUAGAUAGUCCUUUUGAGCGUAUCUUAGGCACUUUUAACAAGAUCAUAAUUUAUGUAUUUUUAAUUGUAGUUUAGGCUUACAUUUAUAUUAUUUUUACAAGGCUGUUUUUUGUUGAAAUUAGGUUUGUAAAUGAUAGUUUCUCCCAGAGAUUAUAAAUAACUGUCAAUAUAUGUUCAGUGACA